AUGAGAGACUCCCUCGAGCUAGCAUCUCUCGCCUCGUCAGAGAAUGAGCUAGCACAAUCCUCAUCGGAAUCCGGCGUCGGUUCGUCCCGCAGAGAGUCCCUAGAGAAUGAGGACCCUAUAUCAGGCGAGAUAUACGAACCUACGCGACCAGGUCAUGGCCGAUCAUAUUCGGUCUCCUCUGCCUUCGACUUCGGAAGCAAUCUUUUCCCACUAUCGCAGACAGUGGGCGGCUAUGCGCCGUUGGGUGCUCCUUCAGCGGUAUCCCUUGAACACAAUGCCAAUAUAACGGAUGGCUCGCUGGAGAGGCACAAGACGUUGACAUACUUAAACGGACUGUCGUUAAUCAUUGGGUUAAUAAUUGGUUCCGGGAUCUUUUCUUCACCUGGCCAGGUAAACCACAAUGCGGGCUCGCCUGGCGCCUCACUCAUUGUAUGGGUUGUUGCUGGUCUGCUAGCAUGGACAGGUGCUUCUAGUUAUGCAGAGUUGGGUGGAGCCAUCCCUCUCAAUGGUGGCGCACAGGUCUACUUAUCGAAGAUAUUCGGUGAACUGGCCGGUUUUCUCUUUACAUGGACUGCAGUUUUUGUGCUUAAGCCAGGCUCCAACGCUAUAAUAUCCAUUAUAUUUGGGGAAUAUGUCGUUGAAGCUAUCGUUGGCACGAAGGUAGACUCCGUUAAUCCCUGGAUUGCCAAGGGAGUGGCCGUGGCUGGUAUUAUAACCGUUACAAUGCUAAACUGCAUAUCGACAAAGCUGGGUACGCGCGUUGGAAACAUAUUCAUGUUUUUCAAGUUUAUUGCACUUCUCGCCGUCACCAUUAUCGGUAUUGUGGUUGCAGUUACUGGGCUCUCCUAUGAUGGCAACCCUAACAAGGAAUGGAAAACGAAAAACUGGUUUGAAGGAACAAGUACAAGUGUCUCCAGCUGGGCUGUAGCAUUGUACUCAGGUCUAUGGGCCUUCGAUGGAUGGGAGAAUACAAACUAUGUGACGGGGGAAUUUAAAAACGCGGGCCGCGAUCUGCCUCGUGUAAUCCACACCGCUAUGCCGCUAGUGAUUAUAUGCUACAUUCUGGCAAAUAUCUCCUACGUUUUAGUCCUGCCGGCUUCUACCAUAUCCGGCACAAAUACAGUCGCGGUGCAUUUUGGGGCCAAAGUGUUCGGCCCUAUUGGAGCUGCUGUUCUUGCACUUGUCGUGUCCGGAAGCUGCAUCGGCGCUAUAAACGCCUCCGUUUUUACGAGCGGUAGACUAGUCUAUGCCGCUGGCAAAGAAGGCUACCUGCCAGCGAUAUUUUGCAGGCUGGGGAUCAAUGAAUCAGCAAAUCCCAUGGGAGGUCGCCUUCAACGACGUUCCUUUAUCAAAAAGGCUAUCAUUCGAGUGUUUGGUGACGAUAUCGGGAUCGGAUAUACCCCCAUAUAUGCCAUGGCUUUGAACAUGGCGUUUUGCAUAUGCUACAUCCUGGUGGGCGAAUUCAAAACCCUAGUCACUUUCUACGGGGUGGCUGGGUAUUCUUUAUAUUUCUUGACUGUCUUGGGCCUUAUCGUGCUACGAAUCCGUGAACCACGAUUAGAACGACCUUACAAGACGUGGAUAGUGACUCCGAUCAUUUUCUGCUGCGUCAGCUUAUUCCUCCUCAGCCGAGCGGUAUUUGCUGAACCAUUACAGGCCCUUACUGUGGUUGGCUUUUGGGUUAUUGGAGUUCCAGUGUAUUUCUGGCGAAUAAAUCAGCGGGAUGGGAAAUUUAACCUUGGGGGUGGAUGGUGGAAGUUCUGGAGAAAAUCGCGGCAAUGA